AUCUUAUCUCCCAAGUCGGACUGCACGUCUUUGAUCGUAUCUUGAACGCUCCUUUCAGAACACCAUCGAAACUUUUGUUUGAGGCCAUUAAGCUAGCUAUACAGUAGACGCAAUGGCACACGCUUUAGCAAGCCUCCCCAUUAUCGACAUCGCGCCGUACCUCGAGGCUAAACGUGAUCUUACCAAAUGCCGGUCCACAUCAGACGCGCUACACAACGCUUGUGUCGAGUACGGGUUCUUCUAUCUAGACAUUUCGCAGUACAUAGAUCCAUCAGAGCCUGAAGAAUUGACCCGGCUAGCCAGAGAGUUCUUCGCACUACCACAGGAGGAGAAGAACAAGAUUGGCCUAGAGAACCAGGAUCACGCUAGAGGAUACCAAAGGCUCAAGCAGAAUGUGACUAACGGCAAGGCGGAUAACCACGAAGGAAUCGAUUUCUACAAGCCUGUCGAGAACCCAGAUAAAUCCAAACCACUGUGGGGGGAGAAUCAGUGGCCCGAUGUCCCUGGAUUCAAGCAUAAAUACGAACGAUGGAUUGAGAAGAUGAAGAAGCUUGGUCUCAUCGUUAUGGAAGCGAUGUCUGUUGGACUCAAAAUGACGAUGGAAGAAUGGAUGGACUUGCGAGCUCAGGUUGACGAUAGCUUCUGGGUAAUGCGGACUAUCGGUUAUCCUCCACUUCCAAAUGACCACGACGGCUUCUCCUGCGGAGCACACAAAGAUUACGGCUGUCUAACCUUCCUAUAUGCUGAUCCCACCCGAAGUGCUCUACAAGUGUAUUUGCGACAAUCCGGCGUGACAGCAUCAGAUUUGGAUGGCCUGCCGGCAGAGCACGGUACAGAAGAAGGAAUAUGGAUAAACGCAGAUCCCGUUCCAAAUUGUGUUGUUUGUAAUAUCGGCGAGAUGUGGGAGAUCUGGACAAACGGAUUGUACAAAAGCACACUGCACAGAGUGGUCCACAGAGGAUCGAAUUACCGUGUCUCGAUACCGUUCUUCUUCGAGCCUAACUUCACCGCGAAUGUUGCUCCACUUCCAGCAGCUUUGCGUCUUUUGCCUGAUCAAGACAAAGAAUCGUCUUCAAACGUAGGACAAACCUACCAAUCUGUUGUAUAUGGCGAUUUUUUGCUCGCGAAAGUUGGUAACAACUUCGCAUCGGGAGGUAAAGGGAAGUAUGACUAGUAAUCAUUAUUUCUGUAAUAUGCUGAAAGAUCACUCGGAUGUAUCACGGAGGCUACUAUGUAAUGCGGUUCAUAACUUAUUCAACAUCUGUAUUGACACCAAUAUUAGGGGCUAUUACCCGCUGGUACUAGAUCAAGGUACGAGCGAGACGAUCAGUGUUUUGGUUGACGUGCACCCUUGUUGUCCCAAAAAA